GUAAUAUUAAGUUCUUUAAAUUUAAAUGACUCAGAACAAAAUAAACGAAGAUAUACAGUAUAUUAUCGUAUAUUUAAAGAAUCAGAAUUAACAACUGCCACGAUGGAACCUAACAAAUUACAUACACGAUUAUAUUCAAUAGAUGAAAUCACACAUGAACAUUUAGACUAUUUUCAUUCAGAAUUUAUAUGUUUCAUGAUUUAUUGUUCACAAUUGGAAAAUGAUGUGAAAAAAACUUUCCAU